AUGCCGCGGCAGGGCGGGCUGGCUGUGUCGCCGCCGCACCGGCGAGGCGGGGCGGGGCUGUCCGACCUUAUCUUCCGCGCGGUGUGCGCCUCCACGGCCCGCAAGGGCGUGUCCCUGACCGCCAUCAAGAAGGCGCUGUCGGCCGACGGCUACAACGUGAAGAAGAACAAGGGGCGCAUCAAGGCGGCGGUCACCGCCCUUGUCACCAAGGGCCUCCUGCAGCGGGUGACGGGCAGCGGCUUCUCCGGCUCCUUCCGCAUGGGCAGGAUGCCGAAGGAGAGCCCCGCCCGCCCGGCCGCGGCGGCGGCCAAGAGCCGCAGAGCGAGCGCGGCCCGGAGGAAGGAGACGAAGUCCCGGGGGAAGCAGGCGGCGGCGGGGAAGGGCUCCGGCAGGGGCAAUAAACGGGGCGCUAAAACACCCAAAAAGCCGGCGGCCAGAGCCCGGCGAAAAGCCGCGGGCAGGAAGCGGCAGUAA